UGAUCUUUGUCCCAGACACCUCAUGACUUUUGACUCGAGCUGAUCGGCUAUCACCGUCAGGUUCUCAAUGUCUUCGUUAUCCCCAUUAUCCCGUACAGGUAGAUUCUGUUUAUCAAGAAAUUCAUUGAUACAAUCAAUUCGAUACCCAAGCUUCUCAUUGCACUCAUUUUCACGUUCAAUUGCGACGCGCAUUUCGAGCAGGGAUCUCCAGCCAAACACGUCACUCAUAGCAACGCCCGUUUCACGCACCGCCCGACAACAAGCGAGCGCAUCGAAUAUCAUCAUCAUGUCACAGCAGCGUUCAUCGUCUUCAUCGCUGCCAAAGCGCGAAAGAGAGGUUAUGGAGCCUCGGCCCAGUGCGAGCAUCUUGCUCCUCUCACCGACUAACCAGGUUCUCCUGCUCCACCGGGUGAAGACAUCGACAUCGUUCGCGUCAGCGCAUGUGUUCCCAGGUGGAAAUCUAGACCCAUUCCAUGAUGGAGAGAUCCCUCCAAGUGAUGCUCGUGAACGGCACGAGGAUGGCCACGCGUAUCGGCUAGGUGCCAUCCGUGAGUGCUUCGAGGAGACGGGCAUUCUCCUCGCCACGCGGAAGGGCUCUGACGACAAGUCUACGCUCGUCAACGUUCCCACGGCAGACAGAGAGAGGGCUCGCAAGCAGAUUCACAGCGGCAAGUUGCGGUUCAGCGAAUGGGUCGACAGCGUAGGCGGCGUCCCCGAUGUUGGACGCCUCAUCCCCUUCACCAGGUGGGUGACGCCUACCAACGUGCCCAAGCGCUUCACAACGCAAAUGUACAUCUAUAUGCUCCCACACUCGGCCUCCACCGGCGCCGACGCCGCAGAGAACGAAAUCAUCGUGCCGACCCCGGACGGUGGCGUAGAGCACACGGCCGCCAAGUUUGACGACGCGUGGACCUGGCUCUACCGCGCCGACAAGGGCGAGAUCAUCCUCUUCCCGCCGCAGUAUUACCUCCUGUACCUGGUCUCGCAGUUCUGCAAGGCCGCCGCCCCAUCCCCGGCGCCCGGCAAGGGCCACGGGGACGCGUACUUUGCGUCGCAGAGGCGGGGCCUAAUGGAUUUCCUUCACAGGGCGCCUACCGCUGUGACCGAGGCGGGUCGGAAGCAGCCUUCGUCGGAGAUUCCGUGGGCGCACAAGGUGAUGAGCCCGCAUAACUUGUUCAUUCGCGAGGGGGAUAAUCGUAUCGUGCUCGGGCUGGAUAAGCCUGGUCCCGAGCUCAAGGGGUCGGGUCGUGGAGGUGAUUGGGAGAGGGUUGUGUUGGUCAAGUUCACGAGGGAUGGGCCGCGCAAGGUCGAGGUAAGGGGUCGCGAGGAAGUGUUGAGGGAGGAAAAGGAGGCGAAGAGGGCCAGGGAGGCAGAGGAGGGCGAGGGCAGACAUAAGCUUUGAAGUUGUGGUGGUCGUCGACGGUCGAUGGCCAUAGAGUCUAGAGAUACUGGUUAGUUGAUGAAUGAGAAGAUGUUUCAUUACCUGGCUUUAGGAUCGGGUGAUGAUGGUCUGACGCUGAACAUGUCAGAAGAGAGAGACAACAACUCGUGAUGUAGCACCCGCGUAGUCAUCUCACUUCACCCAGGAUUCUGGUCAGCGGUUUUUUUUGGCAUUCUACCACCACACACCACCGAUAAAAACCUUAAAAGUUGCUUUAAACGAUGAGAAGAAUGAGAUCUGAUGGAUCUCAAAUGGUCGAAGGCAGAAGAGCAUUGGUUAUUGUGCAGAAAAUAAGGCAACCAGGGACACCCGUUGCAGGAGUUCUCGAGUCAGGGCGGCCACCCCCUUCCCCCCCUC